AUGGGCGAGAGAACCCAAACCAUGAAGGGUUGCAAGCUGGAGCAGACGCAAGCCCAACUUCAGCCGCGAACUAAAGCCCCGGACGGAGGCUGGGGAUGGAUGAUUGUAGUUGCCUACGGUCUGGCCAAUAUCAUGAUUGUACCGGUGUUGCAAAGUUUCGGCCUAAUCUUCAGAGACACGUUCCGGGAGAUCGACAUUUCUGCCACGAAAGCAUCGGUGAUCAUAAACCUGGCGUCGGCCGUUGGUAUGGCGCUCGGUCUGUUUAAUGGACCGUUGCUGCGAAGAUACGGCUUCCGGAAGCUAGCUGUGGCCGGUGGGUUCCUGUUCUCAGCUGGCUUGAUGCUGACAUCGUCGGCCGUACAUUUCGCCCAUUUCAUCAUUACCUACAGUAUUAUAGCAUCUCUAGGAAUGGGAUUCUGCAAUUCGUCCUUCUCGCUUGCGCUCAACACAUACUUUGUGGUGCGUCGCAAUAAGGCCGCCGGCAUUGCGAUGACCAUCACCGGUUUGGGACCGAUCCUCUUGCCCCAGCUGGUGUCCCUUCUGCUCGGUCUGUAUGGUGCUCGGUACUGUCUGCUGAUCAUUGGAGCAUUGGCCACACACAUCAUUGCUGGAGCUUUGUUACUACAGCCCGUCAAGUGGCAUACAGUUAUCGUACCACCGGCACCAACAAGCCAGCUGAAUACUGCACUUGCGUUGUCUGGUCCAACGAUGGAAGUGAAAAGUAAGCCAGCGAUGGACGAUUGUAACGAGAAAGGCAACGAGGAAGCUCAGGAAGACGAUGAAUUGCUGGAAAAGUGUAGUUUUAUCGAUCACGAUGUAGAUGCGCAGAGUGUGUACGGUUUUGAGCUUACCUCACAGAUUCGUCAACGAGAAUCGUUUUCUCAACCCCCCUCGGGAGGCUUUUUAUGCAAUACUCCCGGCAUACCAUCGAUGCAACGCACAAAAAGCGAAGUUCUUGCUCCAGUUCGACGAUGUCCUUCGGAAACGCGAUCACUAAAAGCUGAACCAACCGGCACCACAGGCCCGGCUCGUCCUUUGCGCUGGUUUCAAUCAGGCUCGGCCGAAAGUGUACAUCUCGGCAGUUCCUUAACAAUGUGGGACGAUCGUAAUUCAUCCGUUACGCUGGCCGACGAUCACUUUGUCCAAUCGGACCAGCAACAGCGUCGUCCAUCUCAGAGGCGCUUCUCGAGCUUCACUAAUGUACGGUUUUCGCCGCUACAGAAGCGUUGGUUCGAAGGUUCGGCCGAUACGGUCAAUCUCGGCAGCUCGAUGAAGAUCUUCGACGAACGGUACGGCGGAGGGCCUCGUCGAGGUUCGCUUGGGAGUGCAAAACUGCCAGCCCUCAGCGAAAACCAGGGUCUCACCGAUGAAACGUCCCAUCUGCCGUCAAUCGUACGGCAGCUCGAAAAUACCAAAGCUACCUCCUCCCCGUCAUCCGUACCCACGGUGCCAAAUGAUGCUCCCAUAGGCGAAAAGUCGGACGGAUUCUUUACCAAAGUGGUCAACACGUUUGACCUGACGCUGUUGAAGGAUAAAGUGUACCUGAACAUGAUGUUGGGCAUGUCAAUUGCCGUGUUUGCGGAAAUUAACUUCUCCCUACUGACACCAUUCAUUCUGGGCGAUCUCGGAUACAGCACGGAGCAGAUCGCUUCGAUCAUGUCGACGCUGGCGUUGGCCGAUCUGCUGUUCCGCUUCAUCAGCCCGUUCGUGGGAGAUUUUCUGAAGCUCAGCCCGCGCAUCAUGUACAUGAUUGCGCUGUCGAUGUUGAUAGUGACACGAUUUAGCAUCCUGCUGGCGCGAUCGUACGACGAAAUGAUGAUCGUCGCGUUCGGACUGGGUGUCGCCAAGGGUGUGCGUUCGGUGUACAUGAGUUUGGUUAUCCCGAGCUACAUACCGCUCAAGCGGUUACCAUCCGCAUCGAGCAUACAGAUGACCACGAACGGGAUCGUGCUGAUGACGAUCGGACCGUGUGUUGGAGUGUUGCGCGAUUGGACGGGCAGCUACUCGAAAAGCAUCAUUCUCAUCAACGGAUUCACGAUCGUAACGCUGCUUAUGUGGAGCGCAGAGCUAAUCUACGUUCAUCGGCUGCAAAAUCGUGCCAAGAAGAAAAUACCACCCGCGGAAGCUGCACCUACGAUUAUCGUUUCCUGAUACUCGCCCGGG